CUUGACCGGUCCGCUUCGCAGGAGUUAAUUUUUCGUUUCAGUUGCCCAUUCGUUUUUUUGUUUCCAUUCGCCACCGUUUCCAAAUUCGAUCGCUCCGAGUUACGCUACGAAAUUGUGUUUUUACGCGAAAUUCCCCAUUUUGAAUCUCGAAAUCGACUCAAGCUGUGUUGUGGCUUGGUUUUCCGGCCGCGCAGUUCAGGGCAGUGCGUUUGCCGUGAUUGAAGAUCAAAGUGCACGAUCGGCCUGUGUGUGGUCAUUACCGCGGUGUGAUUUCAGUUAAUUCCUCCAAAUUAAACCCGGCAGCCGGUCUGGUGGAAGCCCGGAAUAGGGGGCACCGAUGUGCAGUGUUAUGUAACCGUUCGGUCCGUAAACAUUCAACCCUAGAUCUCCAUUCUGGUGGUCGGGAGAAAGUGUAGCAGCGCAGCCCCGUGAAGAUCUCGGACGAGAAUAGCGUGAGUGACGAGUGAGUUCAGCGGCGUGUCGCGUCAUCACGCGGUUCGAGCCGGCAUUGAGUGAGUCGGGAUCACCACUAGCAACAGCAGCAGCAGCAGAAGCAGUAACCCGACGGGUGACAUUCAGGAUGGCCACGGCCAGCGGCCACCGGUUGGAGCCGACCAGGAGCGGGAUGGGGCCGCGGAAAACCAUGAUCAUUAUGGUGACGGUCGUCGGCUGCGUCGCUAUUUUGUGGCCCAAGGUUUUCUACCCCAUGAUGAUGGGCAACGGGCAGAACAAGAAUGUCAUCAAAGACCACCGUGGCGCCGGUUGCUGCGGCGUCGUGUUGGACCAGGAAACGUUCGCGAAUGCAUCGAUCAACGUUGCGGAGCAGGAGCAGCAGCAGCAGAAUCUGUUCCGCAAGCGGAACUAUGCUCCGUUCGUCGAGAUUGACAGUAUACGACAGGAACGACCUCCUCAUCUCCGACCGGAGGCGGGGAUGCACCCAGCGAUGCGCGAACGGGGCCGUGCCAUUCCGCACGCCGGCGCCGCCAGCGGGGAACGUCCGCAUACCGCACCCAGGAUCGUGGAGGGCAGACCCGGUCCCAUACCUGGUAUGCGUCCACCUUUGGGAGCUGGAUCACACCAAGCGACAAAGUCCGCCAACUCCAUGGGUUUCAUAAUGCCUCUCUAUACCAUCGGUAUAGUUUCAUUCUUCAUCUACACCAUCAUGAAAUUAAUAUUCAAAAAGUCACCGGCCACACCGUACGCCGAGAUUAAGCCGGAUCCGGCGUUCCGCAACGAGGUGUUCACCACGGAGCAGUACAUCAAGCGACCGGACGAUGGUACGACGAAGCUCGCCUGGAAAGAUCAUAGAGCAAGCCAACAACCGCAUGCAACCGGCCCGGUCACGAACGGUGAGCUGGUUGCAUCGGUGGCUUCGUCUGCCAGUGGCGACGAAGCUGCCCCGGUAGAUCAUGUCUCUGUGCCUGUGUCAGAGCUAUCGAUCGCCCACGAGCCCCUGUCGGAACCUGCUGCUGCUGAUAGUGGUGCAUCUGAACCAUGUGCGGCCGCCGUGGCCGAGAAGCCCGAGGAGCCGGAGCAGAGCGUAGAGGCUGCGUUGUACGAACCGCCACACGAUCCCACUACCGCGAAGGUAGUCGAUGGAAUCGUCGUGCAGAAGUUCGUCCCGCUCGAGGAAGCGUGCUCAGGAGAUGCUCCCGAACCCGAAGCUGUCCCUCCAAUUGCCACGGUGCCGGUUGAAGUCGCAAUCGAAGAGAUGGUUGUAGUACAGCGACUGCAAACUAUGGCUACACCACCCGUGCAGCAAGACAUCGUGGAGGAGGCGUCCGAAAUGCCCGAAUCUAAACCAAUCGAUGCUGUCCCUGAGUCAACCGGAAUGCCCGAAGAAGUAAAAGGAACUGAUGAGCCCGAUCAUGCCCCACAUGUUACCCUGGAAGCCGCCGUUAUUCCUCAAGAACCUGUUGUUGAACCGACCACUGGUAGCGAUGUGUCGGAAGUUGGCCAAGAAGCUACACCCGAACCAACUGCCGAGCCGAUCCGUGCUGAGGAGCCUGUGAAAGAGGCUGCCGUCUUGGAGAUCGCAACUAGUGACGAAGCAGAAGCGGUGAUCGAUUCGCACGAAGUCACCGAAGAACUUGAACCCAAUGUUAUCGCCGACGAAGAAAGUGUCCCGGCAUCGAAAGAAGAAGACGACCCAGUGCCCACCGACGAACCGAAACACGCAGAAGUUGAACAGAACGAAACGACGGAGACGUCCUCUCCGAAAGACAAUGUUCCUGAUUCGGAAGAGCUCCUUGUCACCGUUGCCGUGGCAGAGGAACAGAAGCUGGAAACUGUUGGCAGCGCCACGGAGGAGCGCAACGAAGGAUCAGAGCAUACUGACCCGGCCCUGGUGUUGGAUACGGAAACAUCGAUCCGCGUCAAUGAGACGGUCGAAGACAUUACGCACGCGGCCGAGCAGUUGGUUUGCGAGGUCCUCGAGCAAGCGGAAUGUCUGGCCAAGCAGCAGGAAGAGGAAGACCAAUUUCCAGACCUGCUGCCGGCCUACGACCCGGCCACACAGAAACUGGUCGAUGGGCUGGUGAUUGAUCGAUUCGACGCGGAAGCUGUGAAGCAGCUGGAAAGCGGAAGUCCAUCCCAAUCCCUCGAUCCCAGCGUGGCCAGCGAGCUGGAAGACGAUGGCCCCGAAGGGGAUUCCAUCAGCGAAGACACGUCGCUCAGUGUGGCGUCCGUGAUCGAGCAGUCCUCAGCCUUACCGGAAGCGCUGAUCACGACCGAACUGGUCGCGACCGACCGGACGUCCAGUGAGCCCGUCUUCGUCGAUGGAAACGAUCCCACGCUCACGGUGGAAACGGAGACCGUGCUGGAAGUGGAGGCGGACGAACCGGCCGCGGAACCGGAACCCGAAACUUCUCGCAACCGGAAGAGCGUCUCCAUCGAGGAAGUGCAUGAUGAUGCGGCCAUUGUCGAUCAGGCCGAGGGAAGGGUGAUCGAGGAGCACAUCAUCAUACCGGUGCGUAUCGAGAAGGUUGCCGGUGGCGCAACCACGUCCAUCACGGAGGUGGCGGCCGAUGAGCCGUUUGUAGAAUCACCGCCAACCGCUAGCACGCUGCCUAGUCCGCUUGCCGGGCUGGACGCGAUCGACGAAAAGCAAGAGCAAGCUCCCGAGCCGGAUCACGCCACGAAAGAGGCGCUGGUCGAGCGCACGCUAAACGAGGCCGCCGCCGUUGUGAACGAAAUCGAGUCCAUCGUGGACCACAUCAUCACCGAGAAGCUCAUUCAGAGUGGCGCCGAGCCGCCCAGAUUGGCCGCUUCCGCCGCGCUGGUAGUCGAAGCGUUCGAGUCCAAGUCCGCCAGUGUGCCAAGCAUGGUCCCCAGUAGCACUAGUAGCAACCUGCAGGACACACGGGUCACCACUAACGGGCUUACUAAUCCGAGUGACGUGCCGAUUGUUGGCGUUACUAAUCCACCGCCGGUGGUUUCCCCGCUGGCCCCGACUCACGAAUCAUCCUCGCUCACAACAUCCACACGAUCGGACGCAUUUCCCGCCACACUCACAGCAGCCGCCAGCCCCACACCUCAGGUUCCCCCCGAACCGCACGCUGCCAGUUCCAGUGAGACACACAGUAUCACUCUCGUCGCAGAUACGCAUCCCGACCGGGCCAACGACCGCAACUCGGCGGGGACCGGCAGCGCUAGCAACGGGCAUCUAGGGCCCCAGGACGAGCACCGAUCCACCGACGCACCGAUGGCGACGGCAGCGGCGACCACACCAAUUGGCCAAGUACCGACCAGUGUCAGCAGCGUGACUAAUCCCAAGUUUCUCACCUUGACUCUAGCUAACUAUAGCACUAGCAACAGUAGUGGUAACAAUAGCAAUCGCUCGUCCUCCGCGGUGCCUAACCUCGCGCAGCCAGCGGCGGCCCUGUCGGUUGGCGGUGCCGACAGUACCGACCAGCUGAUGGAGCUCGAGCUGCUGCGCAAGAAGUUGGACGAAACGGAACGGGCCAUGACUAAAAUUAUCGCCAAUAUGGGCACCAUCCCGAAGGGCCAGGAAACAAACGCAACGUCGGACGAGGCUGACUCUUUGGCGAAGGAACCGUCGUCGACGGUGGACGAAACUUCUGCUGCGGCUGGCACCGAGGACACCGGUGAUGAGACAGUGACAGCGGCCGCCAAUGGACAUGCAAUCAAGCCGAUCGAAUCAAGCGACGCAACGGUGUCCGAGGCCGGGGCGCAAACACCCAAGGAAGCUACCGGUACACCGGAGAAGUUGGCCAAGAAGCGCGAUCGUAGCACCGAACGGGGCACGGUUAAGGUGAUGGCCAUGGAAGUGACUGCUCAGCGCGAGAAUGGCAAACGGUUGAGUCGACCAACGACGCCACUGCUCCCGAUGGGACAUCCGGAACCGGCUGCUGCCGCCGUGGCCGAAGCACACGAAACACGAUCGAUCGUGCUCGAUGGACGGUUACCGCACGAUUCGAAAAUCCUGGUGGCCGACUCCGAGACCGCGGUCGAGAAACUGGAUCCGGAAAACUCCGACGAAGAAGAAGAUGCUCCGGUGAUAUUGAGCGGCAAGAUGACACUCUCGUUGAUCAACAUGGACUACAUUGAAAAGGAUGCAACCGGAACCGUGGCCGUCGGAGAAAUCGUGACGGAGCUCCACAAGCCCGAGCAGGAGGAAAUUGCGACAGUCCCGACCAAAGGCGGCGAUUAGAUUUGUCUGCCUCGUGGCACACUAUUGCCCGGUUCCGGUACCGUUUCGUUCGAGAAACACAAGUCUUAUAAAUACUACGUGUACUUUUCUAUCGAUAACAACGCAACGCAGGUCCAGCACUCGGUGUACUGCACACAAUCGUAAAACAACAAUAGGGCCUGAAGGAGUUUGCCAACCUAGACUUAGACCGCCAACUGGCGGUCCUUUUCGAUUCGCACAGCCGAGAAGACUUUACUGAUGCCAAAAGCAAACCACAUUUCAAUCGCAUGCACCUACCUGUUUAUUACUGCGACUGGAUUGUUACGGCCAAACGGAGUGAUAGGCAGGAGAGGAGACGCCCUCGGCCGUUUCGUUCUGUUUGUUUCACUUGCUUACUGAUCAUCUUCCAAAUAUCUCAAAAAACGAAGGUAGACACCUUAAACAACUCGGCACCCCAGUGACUCCCAAUCCUCGUUGAGCCAGAUAGGGUGAAGCAAUAUUAUAGUCACUUAUUUAUUAUUUUUAUGUUUUCACGCCCGAUCCGAUCGGGUCUGGAAGCAGUAAUGCAUGUAAUACUCGAAAUAGUCAGUAGCACAGAUUUGAGAGAAAAGCAAUGCCGUUAUUGGGAAAAAUAUAUAAAUAUAAUUUUAUUUCACUUCCAUAGGGCGAGCAGAGAAAUUGGGCGAGCGCGUACAGUUCUGCGCGCGAAGGGAUAUAGCAAUGAAUUAUGAAUGUAUGAAUUUAUCAAGAUUCUAAUAAAAUCGUUUAU